UAACCGACCGUUUUCCGAGGCGCGAAUUCCGACCGUGAGAAUAACGCUGAAGAUAGAAGACGGGAAGAAACAAGCCGAUUAUGUUUGCGUUAAUUAAGUGGGUGGAGGAUGGAAAAUUCUCAAUUCUGCCAACUGAACAUAUUCGAGAUUUUGAUGAGGAUGAAUACUUCACGGGUAUGGAGGAAAAGAACGUUUAUUUGGUGGAGUGGCGCCAAGGCGUCAAGGAGCCAAAAGGUGGGUGGCCGGUCUAUGAGGCCUCCAUCAUCAAGAUAGCAGAAAGGGAAAAAACUUUACAAAUAAAACUUAAGGAAAUUGAAGAACAGCUACCCAAGCCAGACAUUAUUAAGAGAAAAAGUAAACCUUCUAUAAAACUCCUUGAGGCCGCAGAGUUAAGAGACGAACCAGCAGCUAAGAAAAAGGUAUACCCUACAGACCUACCAAAUGAUCUAAAGGUAUGGAAUGAAAAAAAAAUUGAACAUCUACAACGUGUCAUUAAUCUGUUGAGAGAAGAGAACAUGAAUCUAAAAAAAGAGAACAAGUGGCUGAAAAAUGAAAUACUUGAAAAAAUCCCACCUCUUCUUCAGGCUACAGAGCACUUACUUACAGAGCCCAUGAAAUCGAAUGCAGAUGUCCCUGACAUGUCAAAGUCUCAACCUCAUGCUCCCCUCUCACAUCCUCCUAAACCUGUGGACUCAAAUGCAGCUGUCCUUGAUGUGCCGAAGGCUCCAUCCAAAGCUUCUCUGUCUGGUGCUGCUAAAGGUUCCAGUGAUGCUGAAUAUGUGGAGUUAGCUCAUGGCACGGGAAUAAAAAUUCUUAAACAUCAGUGGGCUUCUGCCCUGCAGGCCCAAACAGCCACUUCAAUGGUGCGUGUUCUUUUAAUGGCCACCUUUCCACUGGAGGUUCUGAUCCACAGCAAUUUAAAAGGAGGACAGAGCAAAACGGACAUCGGUGCCGAGCGAAGAACUGCCCUUGACAAGGAAACUAUGGCAGCCAUAUAUGGAGUGGAGAUGCACCAAUACCACACAGCAUGUGAACAGUGCUGUAACCAGACAAAGAAACACCAACAGAGAGCAGAAUGGAGUUAUUAGAGAUUACAUGUACACUGGCAGUGAGGAAGAGGUUUCCCAAUGUGUCCAGAGGGGCUUUGGGGAUUGCAGUGAAUUCUAAGCUGGGGAACUGAGACUGCUUG